ACAGAUAAAAGCAUGUCCCCUCCCACACUCAUACACUUUCUCAACGCCAUGUUCGGUCUGUGAAACUCAUUCCAUUUCAUAUAGUCUCGAUUUCCUCGUUGUUCCUUCUUAUUUCCUCUCUUUCCUUUCCUUCAGUGUCUCUCUGUUGGGUUUUCUUUCCUAGUCUGUGGGUUUUCCUGUUUCUGUGUCCGCGUCUCGUCUGUCUCUUCUUCGACGUCCGCCACACCACCACGAGUGAAAAGAAAACAAACGAAAAGGGGAAUUCAUUCGAAUUCAGGAUUCAGGCAAAACAACCACCAUACCUACCACCACUCUCGAGCCACCACAAACACACACAACCCAUCAGCCACAACGGGUCAAACAACCACACACCAGCCAAGAUGCGCGCUUCAUCCAUCUUCCUCCCGGCAUUCUGUGCCUCGGUCUUUGCCGCCCCAGCCUACCCAGACCUCAACCUCAAGGCAGCCCUGCCAGAUGAUGCCAUGAAGGACCUGUCCCAAUACUUCAACAUGUUGGCGCAGAAGACCCAGCAGGGCAAGCAGAUGUCCUGGGCACCCACCUGCGACAUGAGCGCCGCCAAGCUUCCACUCGCACCCCAGGCCCUCCCCGACGUCACCUCAGGCCUGAUCCUCAAGCACGUCGCCGUCGGCCGCGGCACCCAGAACUACACCUGCGACACCACCAACGCGACCGCGGCCCCGACCGCCGCGGGCGCCGUCGCGACCCUCUUCAACGCCAGCUGCAUCGCCGGCACCUACCCGGACCUGCUCAACAUGCUGCCGCGCGUCUCCCUGGCCUUCAACCUGACGUCGGGCCCGUACACCAAGAACCUUCUCCCCACCUCGGGCGGCGCCCGCCUCGCCCCCGGCAACUGCGCCAUCAGCGGCCACCACUUCUUCACCGACAACACCACGCCCUUCUUCACCCUCGACACCGACACCCUCAAGCUGGGCACCAUCCCGUGCGCCAAGGUCGCCGCCGUCCCGGCCCCCGAUGACGCACCAAAGGGACAGCUCGGCGAGAAGGCCGUCCCCUGGCUCAAGCUCUCGGCCAAGAGCGGCGCCACCGGCCGCCUGCAGGAGGUCUACCGCGUCGAGACGGCCGGCGGCAGCGCCCCCGCCACGUGCUCCGGCAUGCCCGCCGCCUUCCAGGUCGAGUACAGCGCACAGUACUGGUUCUUCGAGACCGCCUCGUGAAACAAGUGAGGCCAUAGUGCCGUGGGCCAACAAUAACCAUACAUAUUGUUGCUUUUCCCUUCUAUUCUCUUUCUUCUUCUCCAACAAAGUGCGAUACCAUAGUCGAGGCGUCAGGGCGUUUCUCGGGUUUCUUUUCUUCUUCCAGGGGGAGGGAAGGGGGGCCCAUUUCUCACUUCCCGGCCCGGCUCGCUCCCACCCAGAGGGUGUGCUGAUGACUGCGGCGGCGGAAGGAUCGAGGGGCCGGCGUACGUAGGAACUGGGCUUGAGACAUAGCAGCACGCCAACACCACAAUACAACCUUCUAAUUCCCUCUCUGCA